AUGGAAGAAAAAGAGAUUGAAUUAUUCAAUAGCAAUACUAAAAAUAAAGAAUAAUAAUAAGAAGAAUAAGAAUAAGAAAUAAUACAAUAUCGAAAGCAAGAAUAUAAUUGCUUACGACUAUUGACUUUAAUGUUAAAAAAGAAUCUAUUAUUAUUUUAAAGAUAGAAAUGUCUAUCUAUCUUUUUAUUCUUAUCGCCAUUGUUGAUUUGUUUACUAAUUUUAUUAUGGCAAUAUCUUGUAGAUAGAUUCACAGGAUUCUUAAUAAUAGAUCCACCCAUAAAAGAUAUAUUGAAAUAAAUACCUAGAUGUACAUCCUAUAAUGAUAAUAAUUGUAUAACAAUUGGAUAUUUCAUCCUUGGAUAAACCUAAGAUUGGAUAACAAAUGUAAUGAAAAGAGUUGCCCAUACAAAUCACUUGAAAUAUGAUUAGGAUGUAAAAUUUAUAGGAAAUUAUGAUCAACCAAGUCAGAUUUCAGAAUACUUAUUGUCUCAUAUGAAUCUUACUUAAAUAGCAGUAGUAUUUUGUACAGAUUCUUGGAUGUUGUACGAUAAACAACCAGAGAUUUCAAUUCCUUGUUAAUUUGAAAGACUUGAUAAAUAAGUAGUAUUUUAUACAAUAUUGUAUAAUUACACUCUAUUGUAUAGAUCUCCUUAUUUAUCAGAUAUGAAAAUAGCAUAUCCUAAAGAUGCCUAUGCAUCAUCUCUGAAAAUAAGUUUAGAUAAUGCUAUUUUGAGAGAAUUCACUAAAAUUCCUAAAGAAGAUGACGAAGAAUUCUUGUAUAUUUCUUAAUAAGAAUUUCCCACAAUUCCUACAAGAUUUAUGUAAGGAAUAGAUAUAGUGGGUAAUUAUGGAGCCUUUUAUUUCUUUGCUCCUUAUUUGCUUAAUUUUUUAGUAUUAAUAAAUGAAAUGUUGUAAGAAAAAGGGAAAAAACUUAGAUAAGGUUUAACGGUAAUGGGAUUAACACACACAAUAUAUUGGAUAAGUUGGAGUAUCACAGCAUUAAUUUUAGUAAUAAUUUUAACAAUAAAUCUAUUGAUAUGUGGAAUAAUAUUUAGAAUGGACUUUUUUAUAAAUACACCUAAUAUGAUAUUGUUCAUUUUAUAUGUAACUUUUGGAUUCUCUAUUUCUUUAGUUGCAUUUUUUAUAGUUGUUGUAUGUCCAGAUGUGAAAAAUGGAUAUACAAUAGCUUAUGGAUUUAUUCUUACAGCAAUUUUAAUGUAAAUGUGUUUUACUUAAGCAGGAAUGUCAAUUCUAUUUUAUAGAUUAGAUGCUUCUAGUUGGGUAAGUAUAGUAAGAGCAUUAAUGAGUUUGUAUCCAGCAUUUAAAUAUUCAUUGAUUUUUGCAGAUAUUUCUAUAAAGUCUUGUAGACAUUAUUCUUUAGAGGAAGGUAGAUGGGUUGAAGGAGAUGGAUUUACUUAUGAAGAUUUAUUUGCAGUAAAUAGUGGUAAAGUAUAAUUGGAUAAGAAUGUCCAAUAUUAAUCACCAUGUGCAAUGGAUAAUUAUUUUCAUUUAUUAUUGGCAUGUAUGUUUUAUAUAAUGUUGACAUAUUAUUUUGAUCACAUUCUUGAAAGUGUAUAUUUAUUAUUAAUUAAUAGAAUAGAGGAAAGGCAGAUUCAUUAUUGUUUUGCAUAACAAAACCAUUUAAUAAGUUUUUCAAAUCUCCCCCAUAACCAAUAACUGAUUUAUAAUAUUAAUGUCAUACUAAUGAUUCAGCUUAAUUAGAGAAAGAGAGAGUAAUAAAAAAUUGUAAUAAUAAUUAUGUUGAUGGAUUAAGAAUAAUAGGUUUAAGUAAAACAUAUCAUAAAUAUCCAUUUAAUAUAAUAUCAAAAGAUGAUGUUCAUGCACUUAAAGAUAUUUAUCUUGAAAUUAAUUCUGGAGAAUGUCUAGCUUUAUUAGGACAUAAUGGAGCAGGGAAAACAACUUUAAUUGGUUUAUUAACAGGUAUGUUCAAACCAUCUAAAGGAACUGCUUAAAUUAUGAAUUAUGAUCUUAAUGAUAUGGAAAAUAUUAGAGCUAUGUUAGGUGUAUGUCCAUAAUUUGAUAUAUUAUGGAAUCAAUUAACAGCUGCAGAACAUUUAAGAAUGUAUGCUACUAUUAAAGGAUUACAUAGAGAUCAAAUAGAAAAUGAAAUAGAUCUUAGAUUAAAAGAAGUUGAAUUAUUACAUGUUAAAGAUUAAUAAAUUUAAACAUAUAGUGGUGGAAUGAAAAGAAGAGUUUCAUUAGCUAUAAGUGCAAUUGGUAAUCCAAAGAUUAUCAUAAUGGAUGAACCAACAACAGGUAUGGAUCCAAGAGCUAGAAGGUAAGUAUGGAAAAUGAUUAAGAAUAUGAAAUAAAAUAGAGUUGUAAUAUUAACAACACAUGCUAUGGAAGAAGCAGAUGUUUUAGCUGAUCGUAUAGCUGUAAUGGCUGAAGGUUAAUUAAAAGCAAUUGGUACAAGUUUAUUUUUAAAGAACAAUUUUUCAGAUGGUUAUAGAGUUAAUAUUAUUACUGAUUAAGUAGAUGAAUGUUUAUCAAAAAUAAAAUUAAUAUUAAAUUAAUUUAAACUCCUAGAUACUAGUGGAGGUAGCAUUUUGUAAAUUUUUAUAAUUUUAUUUCAGAAUUUCCAUAUCAUUCUAAUAUAUGUAAGAUUUGAAGUCUUUAUUUGAAGUUUUUGAAAAGAAAGAAUCAGAUUUAUCUGAAACAUAAUUACAAUUAAGAAAAUUAAUUAAAGAUUGGGGAUUGAGUCAUGCAACAUUAGAAGAAGUAUUUAUGAAAGUAACUAGAUGUUGUGAAUGA